CAGCAGAAAGUGUAACCUGUCACGGGUGAAGUACGACAGGGUCAUUUAUCGAUGUGUCCGCUGCGCACGUCGGAAGUCAAAAAGUACAGGAGUGAGACGUGUUUAGUAGGAUUUCGCUUCUAUUAUUCUAAAUCUUUCAGCUCACGUGAUACUAACUGCCAAGCUCGCGUUAACCUCAUUAGAACGGGACGCAAGCUGAAAGUCACAACGUUCGAUCUGUCUCACAAUCACCCAGUUAAUCGCCUUCUUUUUGAGCGACACCCCAUCAAUCGCCGUCUGACGGACGAUGAGUUCACUCAGUCCGUGGACCUUUUCCGCUACAACACCCCAACAAGCGACAUCAAGCAGUUCGUCGAGGUUCGAUUCGGAAAGCAUAUUACCAGCGAUGAUGUCCGCAAUGUUCGUCGUAAACUGAGACCUGGCGUUGAGUUAAAAUUGCAUCAGGUUAUCAAGUCUAUGGAAGAAGACGGAGUUGCGCGAAUUAUUUCUGAGGAAGGCUUGUGCACACACGUAUUAUUCGCUCGGCAUCAACAAAUAGAACUUUUCCGCCGAUUCUCGCAUGUCGUUUGUGUAGACGCUACUCAUGGUACUAACCGUUUGAACUUCAAACUAUACCAGUUUUUAAUAACUGACGGCAUGGGGUACGGCCGGCCAAUAUUUUAUGCGUUUCUGCGUCGGGAAGAUUACGCAUCAUUGCUUACGUUGUUCGAAGCGUUUCG